AUGGGACUGGGCAACUGGGCACGAGAAGAGUGGGCAGAGGCGAAGGAGGCCGGCAGCGAGAUCGUGCGGUUCGUCCGGACACACAACUGGAAACAGACUGCGAGGAACUCUGUCAAGCGCAAGUACUGGCUGUGGUGGCUCGCGGGCGCCGCAGGAAUCGCCGCCGUCGUCCUCCUCGCCAUCUACCGCGACACCAUCGUCGAGAAGUUUGAGCCGCACAAGGAGGACAUUGUCAAGCUGCCCGUCUCGUGGCUUAUCCCCGUCGCUAUCCUCGUCAUCCUCUCCUUCCCCCCGCUCGGCGGUCACGAAAUCGUCCUCCUCGUCGUCGGCUUGAUCUGGGGUGUCUGGAUCGGGUUCGCGAUCGCUUGCGCCGGCACGUUCAUCGGCGAGGUCCUGUGCUUCUUUGCGUUCAAGUAUUUCCUGACAGGGCAUGCAGCAAAAAUCGAGCAGAAGAGCAUCUUCUACGCCUGCAUCGCGCGACUGAUGCGCCAUGGUGGUCUUUGGAUCAUCAUCGUCGUCCGCUUCUCGGCAGUGCCAGGACACGUCGUCACGGCUGUCCAGUCGACCGUGGGCAUGUCGAUCUGGUACUAUUCGAUCGCGAUCAUCGUCUCGCUUCCGAAGCAGCUUGCCGUCGUAUAUCUUGGCUAUCUUUUUGGCCUGAACAAGCAGACUACCGAUCCUGCCAACGUACACAAGCAGCGCGUCAUCUCGCUCUCCGUGUUCUUCGGCACGGCGGUUGCGACCGUUCUGGCUCUCUACAUCGUGUACAUGCGCGCCCGCCGCUACUACCCCGAAGUCCUGCGCGACAUGGAGAAAUCCUCACUCGCGACGAACCCCUUCGACCCCGAGUCCUCGGACGAGUCCGUCCCCGCUUUGCAUCGCCGCUCCUCGCUCGCCGAAGCCGCCUUCGACGGAGACGCCGGGCUCGCGUAUAUCGCGCCGCAGAACAGGGACGAGAAGGCGAUGGGGAUGGUGAGGACCGAGAGUGGGCGGUGGAGGACUGUUGAGGAGGAAGACGAGGACGAGGACGAUGGCGGAGCGUGGAGCGCCAAGAGUCCGGCUGUGAGGGGCGAUGCGGCGUGGCAGGAUGGACGGACGGCGGGCGACGAGGGACUCGACAGCGUGCCCCGACUCGGGUACAACGCUCAGCAACAGCAGGGACGGUACGGGCACCUCCCGCUGCGAGGCGCGUCGGAGGACCAGUAUGGACCGCCGCCUUCCGAGGGCGGAAUCGCGUAUCAGCCGCCGAGCGACGCGCAGGAGCGGUACUGGCCGGGCCAGCGUCAAGGAGGAGGGCAUUACGGCGCGACGGGAGCGUCGAGGUGA